AAGGAAAGAAAAAUAUUUUGAAAGGAUCAUUUCCGCCGGAUUGAAUGAAUGUUUUUUUUUAACUUCCUGUGUGUGCGUGAAAGGCGGAACAAGCGGCCCUAUAGAGGGAACAAAGGACGAUUGACUUAAACAGCAUGGAAAUAGCCUGAUACCCGUAGCCCCAGUCUCCAGUCACGAUGUCGAAACGCCCAUCCUACGCCCCUCCACCUCCCCCCGCCCCAACAACACAAAUGCCUUCCACCCCAGGGUUUGUGGGCUACAAUCCUUACAGCCAUCUGGCCUACAACAACCUCCGACUGGGAGGGAGCUCCGGAGGCUCCAGCAGGAACUCCUCGGGCAUCACCGUCCCGAAGCCUCCCAAACCUCCAGACAAGCCACUGAUGCCGUACAUGCGGUACAGCCGGAAGGUAAGCAGGAAGGUGUGGGACCAGGUGAAGGCGUCCAACCCGGACCUGAAGCUGUGGGAGAUCGGAAAGAUUAUCGGGGGGAUGUGGAGGGACCUGACCGACGAGGAGAAGCAGGACUACCUAAACGAGUACGAGGCGGAGAAGAUCGAGUACAACGACUCGUUGAAGGCCUACCACAACUCGCCCGCCUACCUGGCCUACGUCAACGCCAAGAACCGAGCGGAGGCGGCGAUGGAGGAGGAGAGCAGGCAGAGGCAGAGUCGCAUGGAUAAAGGGGAGCCAUACAUGAGCAUCCAGCCUGCUGAAGACCCCGAUGACUACGACGAUGGGUUUUCGGUGAAGCACACGGCGGCCGCUCGCUUCCAGAGGAACCACCGGCUCAUCAGCGACAUCCUCAGCGAGAUCGUGGUGCCCGACGUCCGCUCGGUGGUCACGACGGCCCGCAUGCAGGUCCUCAAGAGGCAGGUCCAGUCUCUCAUGGUGCACCAGAGGAAGCUGGAGGCAGAACUCCUGCAGAUCGAGGAUCGCCACCAAGACAAGAAAAGGCGGUUUCUGGAGACUACGGACUCAUUCAACACUGAGCUGAAGCGGCUGUGCAGUCAGAAGGUGGAGGUGGACAUGGAGAAGCUGGUGGCAGAGAUGGCUGCUGCCGAAGAGGCGGCGAGGCGCCGGGCGGAGGAGAGGGAGCGCGAGGCGGCCGAGCAGGCGGAGAAGGCUGCACAACAGCAGCAGCAGCAACAGGAAGCUGCGGGAAACAAAGCCGCAGAGCAGAGCGGUGCAAAUAACAGCAGCACAACUAACCCCACCUCAGGGACCAAGGAGGAGGACAAGGCCACACCGAUGGAGACAGACGAGGCGGCUCCCGCAGAGACGCCCUCAGAGCUCCAGUCCGCUCCACCUCCUCCAUCCGACCCCCCUUCCUCGGCCUCCGACAAGGCCACCCCUCCCUCCGAGCCCCCCAGGGAGAGCAGCACCCCCAGCAGCAGCGCCCCCAGUGACGAAAACAGCAACAGCAGCAUGCCGCCUCCCCCCUCAGAGAGCGCCCCUGGUGGAGGAGGAGGAGGAGGAGGAGGAGCGACGGCAGCAGCAGCGGCGGCGGCGGCAGCGCCCCCAGAGCCCCCCGCGGGGCAAGAAUCCACCUCCAGCGCGGCGCCGCCCCCCAACGCGCCCGCGGCGCCUGCCCCCGCAUCAGAAGAAGCAGCCCCUCCUCCUCCACCGCCGCCGCCGCCGCCGCCACUACUACCCUCCAGUCAGAGCAGCCAACAGUAUGAGAUGUAAGAGUAGCGUUAGACACACGGUGUUAGCUGUAGACGUCCUCCCUGCGAGAGCUGCAGCUCUUCAUCUCAGGAUGGAAACAUAUAGCGUUGCAGCAGGAAUGCGGAGGAGUGCUGAGGUUUGUUAGUAACAUCAAUAAAUAGUUCCUUUUAUACAAGAGUGAUGUAGGCUUUUCAUCAACCAGCUUCAUGUAGCUGCAACUAGGAUUUCCCUUUAAAACCGUACGUUUCCUUAGCCUGGUUUGCUAAAGCGAACGAGUCACCAAAGAGUGCUCCAAGCGCUGCACAGGCCGCUCCCGUUUUCUUUUUCUCUCUCCACGCUGCAUGACGGAUAUCGUAAAAUAAGCCGACGCAAACCUAGAAAGAGAUGUUACAAGGGCGUUUGAACGGCCGCGACGUCGCCGUUCACACCUUUCGUCUGUUUUUAAACUCGCGUCUUUAUCCUCAGUUGUCCCGUCGACAGGGUUUGCAUCCGCAGCUUUAGGCCCAGACUAACCAAAACGACGUUUGAGCUACCGUUCUCAGUCCUCGUCACCGGGCGACGGCGACGUGUGCGUUGUCCUCUACGACUUAACACCUCUGAAACAAACUAGACAGCUCUGGUUUCUCCUCUUUAUGUAAAAACCUCAAUUUUCUACUCUCUCCACAGUUUGUAUGAUUUACAGAACUACUGCUGUUACUUCUGUGUUUUUAAGAGAUCCAGUGGGACAUUUUUUUUUUUUUUAUUAUUAUUUUUUUUUUAGAUGAACAUAAUAGAAGUCAGUCUUUUUUGUUAUUAAACCUGAUGUCUUGAAUUGCAACUCUAAAAGAAUUUCACACCCUGUCUGAGGAAAUAAGUCUCCAUGUAUGAAGUCAGGAUGGUCAGCAUUUUAAUUAACUUCCACAUUUCUGCAUGCUUCUGUCACUACGAACCCAACGCCUGCGAGAAUUAGAGCGAUUACGGGAGUCCUGCACGACUGGAAGUCAACAGAAACAGGAUAAACGUGUAAAACGAUGGGCUCGUCUCUAAGUUGCUUUUUAAACUCGGUGAAUGUGGAAAUGACUUCAGUAUAAAAAGUUUUUCUCCCCCCUGUAUCAUCACAAUUUUAUAAAAAAAGAAAUCAUCAUCCUUUUGAGCUUUUCUACAAUAAAAGGUGUUUAACUUCACCAGAGAAAUGCACUCAAGGCCUCAUCCACAUUUAACCUCCUGCAUUUAAAAAAAAAAAAAGACAGUUUUCUUACUUGAAUUGGACUGUUUUUAGUAAUAUGCCACAUUUUUUUAAUUUUAUUUUCUUCUCUUUUUGUUUUUGCAUCUUUCUUUUGUACUGUCCGAACUUAUCUAAUCCAAAUAAAGAUGAUUUCUCAGUC